AUGCAGCCUAACAAGAAUUUGUUGGUGCGUAAACUGGAUCCGCCACAGUUGUGGAAUCCGAUGGUGGAGAACUACUUACGCGCCACGGGAUUCUAUCACGUCUCUAGAAUUGGAGUCAUAAGAGGAUUUCACCACAUGUUAGCUGCUCUGAUUGAAAGGUGGAGGCCAGAAACCUACAGCUUUGUAUUGCCGGUCGGUGAGGUUACAGUGACAUUAGAGUAUGUCGUUCAUAUAUUCGGCCUACCCAUUGAUGGAGAGCCUGUCAGUGGAUGGACAGAUAGUAGUAGCGACUUCCUUCAAAGUCAUAGCAUAGCGAUAUUCGGUCGUGAGCCAUCAGUCAAUCAUUCUUCGAAGUCCUAUAUAAAGCUGGGUUGGGUUCGACGUAUCAGAGACGCAGAGUCGUUGGACACUGAGGAGUCCAUCAGGAGAUACGUCAGAUGUCAGAUCUUCUGUUUGUUAGGGUCAACCCUAUUCACGGACAAAUCGACCACAUAUGCCCAUGCGAAAUAUCUACUAUUGCUUCGCGAUUUCGAGCAGAUCCAUACUUAUAGUUGGGGGUCAGCAUGUCUCGCGCAUCUUUACAGAACACUAUGUCGUGCAUCACGAUAUGAUACAAAGGAGAUGAAUGGCCCUCUGAAUCUGUUGUUUAUUUGGGCAUGGAAGCGAAUGCCGUGUCUUGCUCCCGUACCGAGACAAACCCUUCCACCGGCCGAGAUACCAGUUGCCAGGAGGUGGAGUCAUUCGGAACGGACCACAGCGUGGUUAUCGAAGACCGUAGAGACAUUCAGUCAUGAUAUAGACUACAUACAAGAGGUAAAUAGUUAUGGUUUUUCUGAUCCAUUUUUCCAACCAUUAUUGUUAGGGUUCUAA